AUGACCACCGCUGCCCCUCCGCGAAUUCCUACCCAAUCUCCAUCCUCGCAACAGAACGCUUCCAAUACAAUCACCAACAAGCCCAGUCCCUUGCGAUCCAUCAUCGCGGGGUCCAUUGGAGGUGCAGUCGAGAUUGCAAUUCUCUACCCUGCCGAGUUCCUCAAGACAAGAACACAGCUCAAUCAAAGACUUGCCGAUGGCAAGAAGCUUCCCCUUCCCCCCUUCGGCCGACAAUGGUACGCAGGAUGCACCACUCUGGUUAUCGGCAACUCCAUCAAGGCCGGCGUUCGCUUCGUAGCCUUCGACCAAUACCGCCGACUCCUCGCCGAUGUCGAAGGAAACGUCAGCGGGCCCAUGACGGUCGUGAGCGGCUUUCUCGCAGGAGCAAUGGAGAGUCUAGUGGCGGUCACACCAUUUGAGAGCAUCAAGACACAGUUGAUCGAUGAUCGAAAACGAGCCCAACCACGGCUGCGCGGCUUCUUGCAUGGCAGCGCGGUCAUUUGGCGUGAACAAGGGUUGCGUGGCUUCUUCAAAGGCUUUGUGCCGACUACUGCCCGCCAAGCAGCCAACUCAGGUGUCCGCUUCAGCGCAUACACUUCCCUUCGACAAGCCGCCCAAUCAUAUGCUGCUCCUGGCGAGAAGCUGUCAUCCCCUGCUACCUUUGCCAUCGGUGCGAUAGCAGGUACCGUCACCGUCUACGCAACGCAGCCCAUCGACACCGUCAAGACGCGCAUGCAGGCCAUCGAUUCCAAAGGCAUGUAUCGGAACAGCAUCGACUGCGGAGUCAAAAUCUUCCGUGAAGAGGGCUUCUUCAAGCUCUGGUCCGGCGCUGUUCCGCGACUCGGGCGGCUGAUGUUCAGUGGUGGCAUUGUCUUUACCAUGUACGAGAAGACCAUGGAAAUUCUGGACUGGGCCGACCCGAACAAGCGAUACAUAUGA